AUGGUACAUAGUGUUAGCGACCACCAAGAAGAGUACUCCGUCCUCCUCCUCAGUCUAAAUAACGCCGGCAAAACCACCCUGCUCUCCGAAAUCAAAGCCCUCUACCAACCCCGCCCAGACGGCACCCCCGCGCCAAACCCGGUCAAGACCGUCCCCACCGUCGGCCAGAAUGUCGCAACCAUCUCUUUAUCAGAUAUGAACCCCGAAGAUCUGGGAUCUGCCACGCGAUCAUCUUCGUGGUCGACAGCGCCGACGUUGGCCAAGAUCCAGAUAUCACCCGCCUUCCAUCUGCCUCCAGUCGACGCCCGAGCUCGGUAUCAGGUCCGACACGAGGGAGUAUCGGGUAUCGGGACCAACGAGCAAUUUUCAGACCAUAAAGUCGAGACUAAUGCGCCGGGGAGUGGUUUUCGACGUUUGGACGAGUGUCGACAAGUUCUAGAGUCGGCGCUGCAGAGUGCCGACGCGGCAGGGGUGCCGAUCCUCGUGCUGGCCAAAAAGCAGGAUCGUGAAGAUCGCGUGGAAGUUGUUCGCAUCAAAGAGGGCUUUGGAAGAGAAGUCUUUGAGGGAGAGACGGGGAGCGGCGUUCGAGACAGCCGUGUGCUGCCGGUCAGCGCGCUGCCUGGAUCGGGCGCGCAGGCUGCCGUCGAGUGGGUGCAGAGUCGUGUGCGAUGGAAUAAGGAGGGCCGGCCACCGGUCAUGCGGUGA